AGUAGGAGCUCCUCUUGUAUGAUUUUGAUUUUCGGUCAUGUUCUUGUUCUUCUUGUAUGAUGAUGUCAAAUUAACCUCCAAGAGGUAAAAGACACGACAACACAACAUAAAAAUGUCGCCGUUCGGCGGCGGGCGCGAGGAGCCGAACGUCCCUUGCGCCAGCGCCACGAAUCAUGGAACCUAUGUCAUAGCAAACUCUUCCGGAUCCAGAUCUUCGUCGCUUGGAGAAGCGGGCUUCUGCUCGGCGUCCUCCUCGUCGCCGGGUCGCAAUUUAGACUGCAUUUCGUCGCAGAUCGACCACAAGACCGAUGAUAAUGGUAUUGUUUGAAGAAGUAGAUGUCAUCCCAAAGCUAAUUUGUGCUGGAUAUUCAUUUUACACGUCGAUGAAAGAUCAAAAUCUACUCCUACAACAGCUCCAAGACAAAGACAGCCGGUUCCUGCCGAACAAACGCUGGGUCCAUCGAGUAACAGACGCAGCCGCAGAGCUGCCGCUCGAGUAGCUCGGACGUCUCGGGCGGCCGCGGCACUGCUCGCCUUGACGGUGCGGGAGCAGAUGGGGCGUUGCUCCGGCGCCCGCUUCAGGCAGUCGCUUGUCCUCGUUGCAGUGACUGCGACUUCGCAGCAGCUAUCAUUUGUAAAAACGACCUCACUCCAGCGUUGCUGCGCUGUGGAUCGAAAUUUCUCAUUACUUUCUUUUUUAUUGUGUUGCCCACAUCACACGCACACCAGAAUUGUUUAUCUUGUCGACUAUGGAAAACGAUAACCAUACUUUACUUAUUGGAGAUGGGGACGCUCUUACAGAGGAUAGCAGGUUUUGGUCUGCGGACGGUACGGACGGUAUCUACGACACACAAAAAACAAGGGAGGAGGUAUGGUGGAAGCGGAAGGCGGAGGCUUUCGGGCAGCACCAGAUCCUGUGGAACAAUCAACUGAUGCCAAUGCCGGUACCUAGAUGUUGUUGUUGAUACUAGGGGAUGAUACUUGAUGCCUCCCAGCAGAAAUCUUUGCUCACCCUGACAAAUUUCUUCCUCAUCAUCUUACUUCAAAAUAGUACUAGAUUUAGAAGAUGCAUAGAAUGCGGCAACCGCAACCUAGUUCUAUAUAACAAGAAUAACUGUCGAGUAGCUAAGAAUUUUCAAAAUCAUUAGCUAGCUUUCAAAAAAGCAUGCUGUAAAUACCACCUCUUCAGGUGCGGAAUAGAUAUUUAAUUAGCUAGUAGGAAUGCUGUCACGGAUGCGUCAACGCAUCCGUGACAGCAUUCAGGCUAGCUAGUUCAUCGUGCUAAUAGCACCGUAAAUAGAAUGCAAACAAGUAGCUAUUUUUGAUAGCUAGCGAAUGAUUUUGAAAAUAGCUAGCUACUCGACAGCUAUUCUCGUUAUAUUCUACUACUUCAAUUUCUAUUCUACUACUAUUUCUCAUCUCUCAACAGGGGCCGGAGCGUCUUGGGCGAGUAGUCUCUACACAACGUUUUUCGGGACUUCAGGGGAAACGAUCACAACGCCGGCGAACGAAAGUGAGAUGGGGAAGGACGGGCCUGCGGCUGCUGCGUUCCAACAAAAGAUAGGACCCGAAGGAACGAUGAGAGUAGUAAAAUGCCAAUUUUACAUGUGUGCCUAGGAACAAAGCAACUGCCUCUUCAAGGGAAAUUCGAGCUCAAGAAUUAUUCUGUUUUAUUUCAGUUUUAUCUUCUCUUUGUUUCAACAUGAUGAACAACAGUGGCAUACAAAAACAGGAGCCCGAGACUACUGCUGCAACGAAUUUCAUUCAAAUCCACGAACAAGCGGAUUUAGGCGUAACCUCGGGCAAGUCCGGCAAGAAGACCACUGCUGAUGCAAGUACGGACAUUGACAUGGGUGGACCAGAAAAAACCCUGAAAACGACGUCUGGUGAUGCCAUGGAGCCACGUCAGGAGUCGAAAGGAUUGAAGGCAGUUGAGAUGAAGGACGCCGAGCAAGAAGCCAAGUCCAAGGGACAAGAGGAGGUAUAUGUGGUUCUUUGCGGUUGUUCGUGGUAAGAAAAGACAUACAUUCGCCAGGUACUCUGCUCCUAUGUGUGUCUCUCUCGCUUGAUCUUGAAGAACACUUUACUAUAUAUUUUUCUGUUCUGAUUGUUGACUGAGCGAGACCGAGACCGACUUGAGCGCAUAUCAAUCACAACACACAGGUCAGCGCAACUGCGACGAACUUCGUUCAAAUCAACCGAGCUGACUCAGCCAUACCCACAGCAUCGGAUGGAACAUCCGACAAGGCGAUUGCAGCUGGCGCAGCUAGUACUGGUGCAAAAACAAGUUCAGAGGAAAUUCCCGACAAGGCGGACAUAAAAACAAGCCAGGAAGACUCGAAGCAUUUGAGUGGUGUUAAAAAGGAUGCCGAGAAACGCAUCAAGGACGACGAGAAGCGGGUACUUACUUGUUUCUUUUCUCUGCCCCUAGCAGAUCUCAUUUCCUUCAGUAAAGGAGUUGCAUCUGCCGGAUUCGUGGUCGUGGUUUCCAUGUGCCACAACAAGGAAGGAGCAAAGUUGCAUUUCCAUUUGCAAUUCAAUUUCUCAAACGUACUAAAUCCCCAAACAGAGUCCGGCAUCCGCAUUGUCCCGAGCGGAGGAACCAAUCCCGGGCGAAGAGGUCAAUAAUAGUAAUGCCGCCGAGAAGAAUACGCAAGUCAGGAGCCCACAAAAAACCGCACCGACAAUAGCUACUUCAAUGAUUGCGGAGGAAGAUAACGGCGUGAGGAAAGCUGUGCGAGAGUACGUCAGAUCAGAACCGGAAAACAAAAACAAAUAUUCAAAACCACAGACCACAUCAAAGGCUACGGAAAUGAAAGAAGCAGAGAAAAGCUCCUCCGAUCUUGACUUGGACUCAAACGAAAACUCUGCUGCUCCACCAUCUUCUUCGAUGGACAGAGGCGACGCAUCUUCAAAGUCGUCAGGCAAUCAGAACACCUGGCUGUCGAAAAAGCGAAAGAAGGCACAGCAGCAUAAAUUGGCAGUACCAACUGACAGGGACGAAGAGAGUGCUACGCAGUCACGCACUGGCACUUCCGCGAACAUGAAUGAUGGCGAGGAUGAUGGCAAUGGCUCAUCGAAACUGGAAUUGCAGCAGAACAGAGGGCAAGGAGCCCCUAAACAAGAUGGGCGGAAAGGAGAGGACUUGACUGUCGUCAUGUCCCAGGAGAAAACUGCAGCGGCGGGUAGUAAACAUCACGGAUCGACAUCAUCCACAUCGCUGAAACAAAAGACGGCGCAAGGGGGAGUAAAAGUGGAGACGGGCACUCCCGGCUUCGCCACGGCAAUACAACUUGAGCGACAUGAAUUAGCUGCAGUAGAAACAAAAAACGCAAUCGCGCAACACUCGCUCUUGACCCCAUCUACUUCUCCAUCACUCGCGUCAGCAUCUUCUGCUUCUGCCUUAGAAGCAAAUAACGACAAUCCACUAGACCCAACCGACGAGGAGUGGAUGUUAGGUGCCUGGAUCCUACCAUUGGCCCUACACACAGUCUACCCCAGAGAAAAGCACUAGCACACCCAUACCAGGUGCGCACCUUGCACGCACAUAGCCCCUCCGUUAUCUACGUCUUUUAGUUGUAGCCGGAAAACGGUGCUUCUAUCUACUAAAACUGACGCAUGUCUUUCGUACUUUCCAGCUGCCUUCUUAUAUAUUCUUUUCGUACUUUCCAGCUGCCUUUCUGCAUAAACAGCGACGACACGAGCAGCAUGGCAAAACACAAGAACACGCGCCGGCGCGCGAAGUUUUUGCAAUGGACCAACGAAGCGGUCGCGCGAUUGCUUCAGUUCGCUGAAGCAGGGAAAAAGAAGGCCGCCCGCAUCCUGCGCCUCGUUGAGGCCGAACAGCGCGAACCGGAGGCCCUUCGGGAACUCCAAAACAGCGCCGCCGACACGAGCAACGCGGACGACAAAAGCCAGGGGGUUGUGUACGUAGUAUACGACAGCUCUUGGCGGUUCCACAUUGGGUCGACCCUCCGUCACCCGGUAGAGCGAUGGACCGAGCACCAUGAGAACUGGAAAAAACGCGCCAAGUUCAAUGGGGCCCGCCGUUUGUUCUUCCUGGUGAUCCGAAUCGGCCUGAUCGCGGGCAUGCGCGCGGUAGAGGGCCGCCUCAUCUCCUCACGUUCUUUCACCCACGAUGGAGAACAAGGCGCGCAACUACAGCGCCGCUGAGAUCCCUCUCGUCCACGAAACAGCAGGAAACAACAACGACGCCACCAGCUGCCCCGGGCCGACCGCCAAGAGGAGGAGGCGGCGGCCCAGAAACAGAACGAUGACACAGCACCAACAACAGCGAGAACAACAACUGCGACAAGCCGACGCAGUCAGCACCAGCAAGCUACAUUUUAGAGCUUAGAAAAACGAUGCGACACCAGGCCCAACAGGAAACGCGCGCGAGCACGUACAGCGAGGCGCAUGACCUGCUGCGUAAAAAACAGCAUGUCACCGCGCCCGUCAACAUCUACGACCCCGACUCUUGCAUAUUGCUAGUCAAGUGGCUGUGUGUUCGGGACAGGGUCAGAAAAGGAGAGCGCCCGCAUGGCCUAGAUAUCGUCUACCUAUGAUACCACGCGCGCGGACGAAUGCGAUUCCCGGAGUAUGAGGCGCUGCGGCUUGUUUCGAAUAACCUUUCGAACAGGCUGCGCAUGCGAGUGCGCCGGAGGAUCAAGCUUGUGACGAACUUGGCCGGAGUCCCAAACAGCGAAAGCGUGGGAUUGUAUUGGCGGCAUCCGUUUGAGCUUACAGCGUUGCGCCGAGCACUCGGGGCGGCGUUGUCUUGCUCUUCGUAUGGGUGCCAGAGGUUCAUGAAGAAAUCGGCAACGCUCAUCCGGCUCCAGCGGCCAAGGCUGCGGGCCAUGUUGCUCGCGUCCGUACAAGCAGCCACGGGCGCCCGCGUAAAAGGCGUGGAGCCCCGGGAGCCCCGCUACGAGUUAAUCCGGCACAACACGAGCGGCGUCUUGAGCGCCCCACUACCAGCGAUCGACCUCGCAUUUGUAAGCGACCAGCUGAAAAAGCUCAAAAAUGUGCGCAAACGGAGAAUAGCAAAAAUCAGCCGCAAUCAGCUCAACGACCUGCAGGCCGCUGAGGUCCUAGGCCACGGACGCAAGGACUUCGAGUGGCUCUGCAAGCACCGCGCACCAAAAGGGGUGACCCCCAUCGUCGCCGACAAGCCUCGGGACAACUUCUUCACCGCGCCAAUUGAAGAGCUCCGGAGCAUUUUGAUACUGGCCGCGCGCGCUGAUGUGGUAUGUUGAAGUAAAAGAAGAGCGACCCGCGAUCUUACAAAAGAUCAGCAACACCAUCACAGCCAUGCCCAUACCGCUCCAGCCACUAAAGGAGCUGCCCUACUUCUACCCAUCGCUAAAGUCGCAGCGCAUUGAAGACGGCCGACUAAAAUGCGCCAAGUCGCUGGAUUCGGGCCACAGCCAUUGGAGAAAAAUAAUCUCCAUGGUCUCGGCCGUCAAGGGUCCGAACAAGCGGCGGCUACGACAAAUCAACGGGGAAACCAUGGACAUGGUCGACAGACACCUACACCAUUCCGAGUUGAACGACUUAGCGAAAGCCAAAGACCGAGUGUUGGAAGCGUUCCGCGACCUAAAAAAGCAGGCCGCAAAAAUGGGAGCGGAGCACAGUCCAGCAGUCUGCACAUGUUGCGGACGACAAAAAGAGCCCGUAGCGCUACGCGUCGAGGACGCCGCGUCCUUCUUCGAGCGGAUUCCGCGUGACGUCUUCCACGGCCAUUGCGAGUAUCUGCUAAGCCACGCCGAAGAGGACAAGGCCAAAAGAUUUCCCAAGAAGAGCCCGGCCGACGUGCUGGGAACUUUGGAGGAGGCCACCAGCGCCCUCCGCUACUUCGCCACCGGAUCCGAUGCAGUUUUUGCGUUGCCCGAAGGCAUGGGAAGUCCCAUAGGCGCCUACAGUUCCAAAGUCGUCGCCAGCGUCGCCCUGUGUGUCGACGAAGAUCGCCACCACCGCGCCAGCCGCAAGAGCAAGGGCAUCACGAUCCGCGUUCGCUAUGUGGGCGAUGUCCUGAGCAUUAGCUUCAGCCUCAGCCUCUGUCUAUCGAAGGAGGCGCGGGAGGUGUACCGUGUUCCGUUCGAAAACGAAGGCAAAUCCUCUGCGCGCACCAACUGGCUAGAUCUACUGAUCGAGAUAACGAGUGACGGCAGCACCCGCAUCACCAACGCACAAAAGCCCACGGCCCUGCGCGUGCCGGCAAAGUUCGACUUUGAGUAUGGCCGCUCGUGUUUCGUCGCGUGGUGACCAGGUUGGUACAAACCAACGGAGCGACGGCCGACGCACUACAGCAGCUGGCGAGAGAAGUGCCGCACUGGUUUCGCAACUACCCACCCAAAACCCUGAGGCGUUAUCUACUAGCUUCAGUCGAGUUGAAAGCAAAUCCUUCUGCACAGUUCAUCAUCAACGCGCUUACCAUUUUGCAAAAGAUGGGGGGCCCGGGCAAGGGAAGCAACAAGCAGGGAGGCGGGGGCAACAACAACUAGCAUGACAGCGACGCCUUCACUCUACAAGAAAGCGACGUGAAAGACGCCCGCGGCCGCAUCCAGUUCGAAGAAUGGAAGGAGGAGAAGAAGCAGGCAGAACAGGAGAAACAAGCCCAGCAGAAAUGGGAGCAGAUUACGCAGCACACGCAGACCGGAACUUUGGCAGCGGUUGCUGCCACGACCGGAAAGCCCAUCCCGCACAUCAACUUGCGCGGAUCGACGACGAGCAAUUCUAUUGCCCCCGCCUGAAGCCACCACUCCACACCAACAACAGCGAAGCCGCGGACGUGAGGGCCGCGAUGAUGAAAAAGCUUGACUCCCUCGAGCAACAAACUUCCGAUGAGCGGACAGAGCGGGUCAAGCUUGCUUCCCGCAUGGACGCCAGUGAGUCCGUGACGACGCAGCUCAUGGACAGAAUGGGGAAGGUCUUGGACAAGUGUGAAAACGGCAACAACUCGACAGGGGCGAGCAUCCCGAACAACAAACCACCAGCCAGCCCGCUGAUCCCGCCGGGACAGCAACAACAGCAGCAACAGCAGCAGCAGCGCUUCUGCAGUCACCACGUCGACGAUUUUGCUGACAAGGAGAACACGCGCGCGAUCAUCCCGCCCGACAUCGCCGACGACAUCGACUGGGAUGAAAAUGACUUGACUGCGGAGGCGAAGCGGAACACCUUACCACUGGCGGAGUUGAAGGCCAUGCGCAGCCUCAUGCCGCAAGCCAAAAACGACGAGACGCGCGACCGCCUGGCCGCCGAGGGCCGGGAGAACGAGGCCAGCUUCGGCGUGAACAGCAGGGCCGGCUACGUCAGCUUCUUCCUCGAGGCCUACCGGGUUGCGUAACCGGAUUAGCAACGUCGUGGCGUAUUUCAGCUACAAAAACCCUCGCCAUCUUGUCGCGCCAGGCAGCCCAGUAGCAUGCGCGCAGUUUUGUGACGAACCAAAAACCACAGCAGAACUGACCGAGGGGAUUUGCGAGAGGCAGCCUUCUUUCCACCCGCCCGGGAUCUGGGGUUUCUUGGAUUUGAGCGCAGCAGUUUCGAAUUUAAAAAACCGGACUUGAAAGCAGGAGGAGAUGAUGGCGAGAAGAGGAGAAGCGCAGCGCACCGAUGCCAAAGCGCGUCGCAUUUAGGGACAAGAUAAGUUGUAGUGUUGUUGUUCGCUGCACAGCCACCGGGUCCAGAAAAGCAGUCACCUUGCGACGUUCUAAAAAAAUCGACAAAUUUCUUCCUUUAAGGAUCUGAGCAUGCCAAGAUACGUCGGCCCAAAGUGAAAUCGUAGACGCAGGCAAGGAUACAAAGUAAGACUGAAACACUUCUGGCGCGCCUUUGCUAAUUCGUGGCCGGCGCAAGAAUUGGCUACAGACGGCUCUGCUUGUGUUCACUCCCUAGCUAGUUCCUGAGGUCGCGUAUGCUUUUUGUAUCGGGGCAGGCAGCACAACUUUCACAGCGAAAGCUGAGGCGAGUUAGCGCACGCCGCCUCCCCUUUGCGAGUACCCCAAGGCCUGUAGAGUAGCUACUUAGAUGGAAACAACACGACCGAGCCACUUGCCCGCAGAAAGGGCGUGGCUCCGCUGCAAGUUUUUGAAAAGACCCAUCCGCCCCCUCCCUUUCAAAAGUUGCAAAGGGUUGGGCUUCCUUCAGGUGACGAGAUUCGCUGUUGUUGUUAGUUCGUCGCUAGAUAGCUAGAGUGCCGGCCAGGACUGCAUCGCCCCGCAAAGGUGGUGGCUGAGUGGGCAGAGCCACUUGCAUCCUUGCGCUGGUUCGAUCAGAAUGCGAGUUGGCGAAUUUGCGAUCUAGAUCUCCGCCGUCGAUCCACAUUUCGCGCACGACGCGGGCCUGCGUAGGCGAUACCGCCUCGCCGAGCUCUAUAUCAUUGGACAGCGUCCGUCUCAGGCUCUGCACGUUGCGCCCUGGGGCAAUCUUUGUCAAAUGAUAGCAGUCGGAGACUUCAUCUCGUCUUCGCGUCUCUAUUUGUUUUGCACGACAUUACGAUGCGCGCACGCUUGCUAAACCAAAAAAUCUCCGAUGUCUGUGAAAAACAAAGCUGCAACAUCGCACGGAAAGAUAGGGCUUUGAAGUUUUGGCGCGAUGAAGCUGUAGAAAGAUCUGCCGCUUAAAGACGCCCACGGUAGGGCAGUACAUCAAACGACAACGAUGUAGAUUGAACCGCUGCGAAAGCUCUCAACGUCUUCACAGCAGCACAACCAGGAAAACCAAAAAAGCAAAAGUCACGCCCUUCCUUCUUUCGACUGCAGAUGCAUUUUUUCUUCUAUUUGCGGCGUUGUUCGGGAAUCAAAAACCAUCUGCCAGCGAUUCGCUAAGAUCCUAACACUGUCGCACAUUGAUACUCUGCAUCAAAUGCACUUGGGUUGUUGUUUGGAAAAAGUAAAAACAAAGCGUCGCGCCGACACAAGUGGGCUGCACCAGCGUGCUCUAGAAUAAAAGGCAUGGCUAGUCCGUAAGUAUCGGAACAAGAAAGCAAUCCCAAGCACGGGCCGCGCUAUGUGUGAGUGCGAAGUGAGAGAAUUGCACGAGCGAGCGAAGACUUGGCCUCGGUCUGCCAAAAGUCGAAAAGUUAACAGGAGCGCGGUGCGAACUAAUAAAACAGCCGCACUCCUUUAGGAUAGGAAGAAGCUGGCCUAUCUUGGCGCGAUUUCUGAACACCACCCGGGGGCCCUACCAGAGGCCCUACGCAGCGCGAUCCGGAAUAACCUGGAAGCGGACACGAAUGAGGAGGAGGAGCAAAAGCAGGAGCAGCGGAAGCGCGCCGCGGUCGUGCCGGACAGCAGCGCGCCAGAAAAACUAGCGCCGUGGGUGAACUUGGGCUAGGAGGUGCAAAAUUUCAGCGAGGAGCACGCAGAGACACGUACCUCAGGGACUAGCGCCGGCCACAGCCCUGGACCCCGGGGCCGAGUUGCGGCUGGCAUGGACAAAGGGAGGCAAGGUCAAGAGGUGGAGGCGUGCUCUAAUAUGAUACGCCCCCACCUCAGGUGGCUCCUUCGUAGCAUGGUCGUGCUAUGGCCUAGUAGCUAGCACAGAGCUGCUCGCGGUGGCGGGUUCCUGCUUCACUGCAGAAAAGGCGGCUUCGAUUGCGCAAAAGAUUGCACUCACUGCAAAACAGAUGGCCUCCAUCGCAAAGAAGGCUGCCUCCACUGCAAAAAAGAUUGGCCUCCACUGCAAAAAAAGACUCGCCCCACUGCAAAAAAGAUGGGAAAGGGGUAUCGUGGGGGCGUGGUGGGCAGGCCGUUCGCCGUUACUCUUUCUGAAAUCCGCCAACCGCUACUCUUUCUCCCAUCCGUUACUCUUUGAAGGCACCACUUUCCUGCAGUCCGUUCCAUUUUUUCUUCAGUCGGGCAACACUUUUCUGCAGUCGCUGCCUUCAGCGUCGUCUUUUUUUCAGUGCAACUGCAAACAAGUUUAGCGCCCGACCUUUUCGGACACGCCGUUCGGAGGUGCUUUUCCUGCGUGCGACAAAAAAUUUCAUAAUUUGCGACAAAACAUCCUAAAAAAUUAGAAAAAAAUCGGAAUUGUUGCGUCGCAACGAAAUCGCUCCCGUUUUGCGCUAUGUGCAAGAAUUCUGCCACUUUUUUGCAGGCCUCGGGCAUUUUUUUUGCAGGGUGGGCGUGUCGCAAGGAUCGGGAUUAUUUGGCGCAAGAUCUGGCGCCACAUCUGACGCAUGGAGCAACUCGGGCGCCGGCGUUGUGCGCCGCUGUUGGAGCCUGACGGCGGCGGCCGCUUGGGUGAUUUGAACGUGGCCCGCGUUUGUGCUUCCCCGAGGGCCGGGGGCCGAUCUGAAUCUUUGUUGCCCAUUUGCGUGGCGGCGCGUCCGCGGGCCAACCCGGAGCCAAAGGCCGGGCGCCGGUUGGGCUUCUGUGCGCCCGCCUUUUUUGCCCCCGGAAGCCUGGCCCCCGGCGGCCCGCGGUUGCCCGCCUGGCACACGACCGCGACAUGGGUGGUCGGCGGGCUUGUGUGCCUUCGGUUUUGCCUCGGUUUCUUUUCGUUUUGGCCAAUUUACUUCUUUCCUUUUUUUUCCAAAAUUAAAAAGCGGAAGCGUUGUUUUUUGUUUUCCGGACCCACUUGGGCCCGAUCCCCUCCCGUUGACCGACCGCGACCUGCCACGCCAGGGGUCGGGCCGCGAAAGCAUAACUUCUGUGCGCUAUUUUUCUACAGACGCCGCAAAUGGCCCAGCUUUGCUAUGUUUCUCUAGGCCCUCAGUUAUAAUGAAGCUGCCGCGCCGCUGUGCCAACGAACACGCCGGCGCGGGCGCAACGUAUGCCCACUGCGUUCAGGCUUGGCGAGUUAGUUCGACUCUUGUCUCGCUACAAGACGACUUGCGGUGGCCCGUGCGCCCUGCAUACACGCAGCGGGGAGCAGUAAUCUUACUAGUAAUAGUGUAGCUUGUGUUGUGGUGGAGGAUAAUGCUGCUCAGCAGAGCCCGAGUCUGUCGAGCACAAGGGCGCAUAUUUGGCACAAGUUUUAGGCGCUAGGCCACUUGUCACACCGCGCGCACCCGUGCCAACCCGUAGACCACUCUCUCAGUCGGAGGGCCCCGGGGCCAUUUUGGGCGCUAAAACAUUGCUAAACUUUGCGCGAUUUUUAAAAAACCCGGAAGCCGGCGCGUGACGAAGGGCGCCGCCUUUUCCAAGCCGGCCCCGUUUGGGCAUUGGUGGCGGGUGGUUGCCUGCCCCGCCCCGGUAGCUGCGCGCAGGGGGCCCGCGUAAUAUUUCGCGCGCUCUCGGGCCGCCUCCCCUCCGCCCCCGAGAGGCUUCGCGCGGGGCCGCGUUGGUUUUCGGGUUUCGCUGAUUUUCCGCAGCCGCGAAUUCCUUGCGUUGUCCGUUUCCUUUGUGGGCCACCGGGGCGCCCGGCCUUGGCAAGCAUCACGCCGGCGGGCGGCCUGGCGAGCGCGGCCCCCCGUGUCUUUCCCGGCUCGGGCCCGAUGGGUGCCCGAUGUCGGUAGGAGGUUGCUCUGCCCCGGGUAUUUGUUGGGUCCCGGCGCCGGGGAUGUUUCGGCCCUUUGGUUAGCAGAAGGCGCGCGACCAGAGUCGCGCAAAAGGUCCGGGCACAAGCAUUGUCGCAUCCUUCGCGAACUGCUAAGACGGCCGCUAAAUCCGGAUCACAGGCGUUUUGGGAAGGAUUUUGCGUUUUCGGCAGUUUUAAGGAAGGUCCCGGGCCCUUCGCGGACCGUACCGCCGCCCUUUUCCAGCAGAAAUUCAGCAGGGUUUUUAGCAGGCAUUUUUAGCACCCAAAUUUAGCAGGAUUUUUAGCAGGGAUUUUUAGCGCCCAAAUUUAGCAGGUUUUUUAGCAGGAUACUUAGCACCCCAAAAAUAGCAGCAUACUUAGCAGCAAAAAUAGCAGGAAUUUUAGCAGGUCCUAAAAUUUGCCGCGUAUUCGGGACCUCGCGGUCGUGUUGUCUGCAAUGGCCGAAAGAAUGCCGGCUAAGGUUUUGCAUCGGGGGCGUGGCUCCUUAAUGAAAAAGGGGCGAGCCGGCUCCUUUGAUUUUGGGGCCGCGGCAGUGGGUUAUCUGGCUCGGGCCGCGGGGUGUGUCGUUCCUUGUGUUGCGCACCCAGUACCGAAACCCGGCGCCCCACCGCGCCCCCGCCGGGCGCCUCUUUUGCCGCCCUAGCGCCGUUCCUUGGGAAGGGUUCUGGCUUGGCACUUUGAAAAAAUAAGACAAAAAAUAGCGCGAAUUUAGCAGGCCCAACCGCCCCGGGCCCUCCGACCGAACUCUCGGUGGCCCGGCCGCCCUGCAAAUACGCGCGCGCCGGGAAGUGGUAGGCCUAUCAGUGUAGUGCUUUGGCGGCGGUGCGUAACACCACCCGAGUCGGGUGCAACUAGUCACAUUUGGCACAAAGCUUUGGCGCUAUGUUACUCGCCACGCACGCCCAUCCCAUACUACACCAGUCGACCGCUUCCAGUGCUUGGGUGGCUUGUCCACAGCAAACAGAUGCCCUAUGGUUAGCUUACGAGAGAGGCGGCGCAGUGGGCAGAGGCUGUCUAUGGAGGCUCCGCCAUCUUUCCCCCUCCGACUAAAGAACAAGAGGCAUUCUGGAACUGGCGGCAUCCACUCGCGGACAGACGCGCCACCGAGGUCCGCCCCACCUGCAGCGUCUUGCCAUAUAGAACAUCAUACAAGAAGAGCAGUCGUCGGCAAUGCCGCGCCUGCUUUUAGUGCUUGCCUGGUGGAAUAGCCGCGCCGCGCCGCUGAGUGAUCGGGAGCGAGGCGGCUUUUGCAGUGUGUGAGCCCGGCGGCUGUUCGCCGGGACAUUGCGCGGCGCGCUGCACCUCCGCACGUCGAGACGGCCGGAGACGCUUUUGGUCUGUGGCCCUCCCGUUUUUUUUGUUUUUCCUUUCCCUGUAAAACCCUACCACCACCCCCACUACUUGCGGCCGCCUUACUCUUUACGGCGGGCCGGACAAACAUCCUGCAGGGCGUUAGCGCGUGGGACGGCUUGAAUCAGAUUAGCUUGCGCGGCGACUCGCGACAGGUAAUUGAUGCGGGUUUCUUUCAUCCGACCGGCCUUGGCGCAGGCUGGCUUGCUAUUAAAAAGCGCGGCGGUAGAUGCGGGGCGUUCUUGUUUUUGGCCUAGAGCGUCGCCCUGUGCCUGGCUUGAACAACAACGACACGAGGGCAGGGCGCAGGGAGGCACGAACAACAUGAGCAGCAUCCGCUCGCAGAUUCCGACCAGAAAAAAGGUAGCCGUGCCAUAUUCAAUCCGGUGGCGCUGCUACAUCGGGGGAGAAGCAUUACGCAUAUGCUGGCAGUUGGGCGGGGGCAAGGCUAGCGCCCUUCUGUAGGGUGUUCGUCGUGUAGUGCCCCGUCGGGUUUAGUACGUAGACCGUCCUCCUCCUCCUUUACAGCCAGCAUAGAACUAAGACGCCCCAAAGUGCAUGGCCAUGCAGACACAUCAGUGAACACGGUGCGCAUGUGUUCGCUGCGCGUGCUUUUCUAUGGGAUAUACAGGCCAAGGAGCCUGAGAAUCGAAUGAGGCGACGCUGAGCAAAUUUCUGUCGACGUUAGUGAAAUUGUCAGACGGCCUUCAAAUCCCUUCGCAAGAAAUUGCGAACUUCUGCAGCGAAUAUGCCCCGUAUGCAAAAGAACAAAACGAACGCGAACUGUGCGACUUGCUUGGCGAUUUCUUUAACAGGAACAGCGCCCCGAUUGACGACGGAACAAAACCAGGCCAAUUGCUUGCUCAGAUGUCUCGCGACGACUGUGGCAAAUUUGCGCAAGUGAUUCUGUCGACCGCGAAGGACUUGAUCGCGCAGAAAAACUGGGGCGCUGAUCUGGUUCAAAUCCAAAGGGGCGUGGAAGAGGAAAAGCGUGCGCUGACUAUGCAGAAAAAGCAGCUGACUACGCAGAGUUAAGCGCUUUGGUGCCUUCGGUGUCAGUUGUCAGUCUUAGCACGAAUUAUCGUGGGCGGUCCUAGUUUUCUGUUGCGCUUCGAUGCUUUCUUUUGAUGGUCUUUAGUGAGCGCCAGCGGUACUAUUUCAUUGGGCCGACAGCCCGCUGAUACAUAAAGAUCAUGGACCACGAUUAUGCUUUUUAUGCAUCACUGGCACUGAACUAAUAUGAUCGGCAUAUCACUUAAUGAAAUUUGAUAUCUCUCGUGCUCGCCACGAUUCGGAUUCAUGACAAGCUUCGCGCUGAAGGGCGCAGUCAAUUCAUAAGUCAAUAGGCCGCCUUGCUCUUGGCCGACAUCAGCAUCCCGAGCGAGGGGCCAGACUUUGCUGGGGUUGCAAGCCAAAAAAGGUCUGCGGAAAAAAAUAAUGGAAAAGUGCUAUCAUUGUAAAUAAAGAAAAAUAGAGAACCUCCCGGAAAAUUUCGUCGCCUCGGCCCCGUCUUCGUUCUUUUUCUUUUUCCCCAACCAACCAAAAUACGUUGACACUCCUUUCAGCCCUAGUCCUGCGCAUAGUCAUACGUCGUCGCGAUCCUUGGAACAAGCACCUCGACCGUAGAGCGCUGCACCGCCUCAGGUCAGAGCGUUGCGUGCCUUUUUUCUAGAUUUGCCUUUGCCUUGCCUUUUCAUUCUCUCUGUGGUAUCUAUCUGGCGCCAAGCAGUUGUGUCUGUUUUGGGCUUUUGAGUGUUUUUUUCUUCGGGAUCGAGGUGGAUAUAGCAAUGCGCAUGUGAAAAUGUUUGCAUCGGCCGAAUGGUCUUCAGAUCUGAUGCAGCUACGUCAGCAGGCUAAGUAGCGACAUUUUCCAUCUGCCACGUUUUCGCUUCGACCCGCUCUCGUCGCGGCCGACGCAGAUAGGGUUUCAGGGUCAGGGGUUCGUUUAAUAGGGUUGCUCUUCCUAUUUUGAUCAUCACAUAAAGUGCCGACGAUGACGCAUGUCCACCUCUGCCCCUCCGUAGAGAGCACGAAACUUCUGGAGGGGCAGUGCUGCUAUUUACCCUUGUUGCUUGUUGUACACAUUCUUCCAUUGGGGCUCGAAAACAAAAAAGCGCAAAGAAUAGCUUGCUCUGCGCCGCCGCCUACUUGGAAGCCAGCGGGCUGGCUGCGCCGACAGAAUAGAGUACCUCCCGAGAAAAAAAAUGCUAGAAGUCCCAGCUGGCAUUUCCGGGGGAAGCCCUCAUAUCCAUGCCUCGCAUGCACCCGCAGACUUUCGCUUCUUACUUUGGAAGUGACUUGCCGUAACAUUGAUCGUUCUUUUUAUUUGUUCGUAGUAGACAAAAACAAAGUGUUGCGCUGCUGGAUUCGCCCGGCAGGGUUGUAAAUUCGCUGCUGCCCCCUCCUAUUAAUACCGCGAACGAGCAAACGCAAGGCAGCGGAGAUGUUCUCUCGCUAAGACAGGGUGCGCGCAGGUAUUACCUUCGCGCCAAGCAUGCUCAGCACCCCCACAAACUCCAUUUGUGGCCGGCGUAUCAGAGUAAGAGAGAGCCCACCGGGGAAAAGAGGGCAGGCUUGGUAAUGCUGAAAAAAACAACAACCGCAAACGUACCCAAUUCUGCGUCUGUAGCAGCUGCUUUGCAAUGCAUAAACAGGGAGAAGCGUCAACGGGACGCAUCGGAAGAAGCUUGGGCGAGCGUGAAAAACGAAAAGUCGUCGUGGAACCAAAACAGGAAACAAUCGGAGAAAGACGACAAACGGCUACAAGAACUGCUGGAAAAACAUGGACGGCUAAAGGAAGCAAAAGAGGCACUGAAACAGGAAAAAGAAGAAGAAGCCCGCCGGGCAAAAAAAACAAAAAGAGGAAGUUAAGAAGCGAACACCAGGGUGGCGGAGCCGCUACCGGAAGAACGUGAGAAUGGCAAAAGUAAAAAAGGUUGCUCCAGGAAAAAACGGUGCGGAGAUUCAAGAAGCUUCAUGAAGCAGAAGGAGCUAAAUAGUUUACGAAGCAGGAUGGGGCGCAUUCCGUAAUAAAAAGUAGAUGAUGAGUAACUCACGUCUUGUACUUGAACUUGUUGCCCUGCACGUUGCAGAGAAUCAGUGCUAUUGCGCAGCUGGCUGGUGAGGAGCAUCUUCAUUUGCGUCAAAUACUAGGAAGAAAAACAACUGCGGCACGUGACGGGGACCCCGAGCCAGCCCCAGAACUCAAGCGUAUUUAUACUCGUCUGAUGUAGACACGAACAUAGUACAAUUACUUUUGUUCAAACCAAAACAGAACCUGUUUCCGUAGCUGACAAGAGAAUUACUGUAUCUGUAAGCGUAUUUUAUACUUCCGUGAAGUAGAUGAGCCUGAACUUCUGCGCAACUAGUUGCAACUUCUGUACGAUCACCAUGAAUACAUCGCCCGAGUGCCAUCACCCCAAAGCAAGACUCAGACUACCAUGUUUCACUCCCAAGUUGUCUCUAAUUCGACUACGAAUGGAUGAAAAAUAAGUGUAAUUAACGCUGCAGCGUCAGCGGUAUGUGAUAAAGAUUGAUUAGUUACCCUGUUGCGUGCGCCGCGCUGGCACCGUGCGCCAACUGCUUUCUGUUCAUGACCCAUCAAAGAACGACAAUGAAUACGGGGCACCAGCGGGUGG